AUGAGUCUACAACACCUAAUGAGUGACAAGCAUGUUUUCAACGGGUAUCAAGACAUGAACUUUUUGCCUCCACCACCUCCUCCUCCUGCUUCUCAACUUUCUCUGUCUCAUGCAUUUGGUGUUAUGGGUCAGCCAAUAGAGAUAGAAACUAGCAAUCCUCAAAUGGGGUUUCAUAUUUUGAGCCAUUCAAUGGACCAAGACAGGAAAUCAUGGAGCAAUCAACAGUUGGAAAGCUGCGGAGCUAAGAGACCUGGUGAUGUGAGUGAUAGGAAUUUUGGGGUUCAUAAAAACAGCUUGUCUUUGAAUUUGUGUGCGGAAGAGGAGCCUAAAACCUCUGGUCUUGGUCGAAAUGGGCACACCAAGCUUUGCGCUAGAGGCCAUUGGAGACCAGCUGAAGAUGCUAAACUCAAAGAGCUUGUGGCUCAACAUGGUCCUCAAAACUGGAACUUGAUUGCAGAGAAUCUUGAAGGAAGAUCAGGUAAGAGUUGUCGAUUAAGGUGGUUCAACCAGCUAGAUCCAAGAAUUAACAGGAGGGCAUUUGCUGAAGAGGAAGAGGAGAGACUCUUAACUGCUCAUAGAGUAUAUGGCAACAAAUGGGCUAUGAUUGCUAGGCUAUUUCCUGGUAGGACUGAUAAUGCAGUUAAGAAUCACUGGCAUGUGAUCAUGGCUAGGAAACAUAGAGAAAAUUCCAGCAUUUACAGGAGGAGAAAGCCCUCUUCUUCCUCUCAAAUCCUCCCUAAAGGAUCAGUAGAUGUCACUUUGCAAAACAAUGCUUGCAGUGAAUCAACAACUAUCUCUAGCACCAUUGAUGAAUCUGGCUCAACAUGCACUGAUCUCUCCCUUACUCCCUCUUCAACCAAAGUGCCUCCUAGACUUUUCACCAGGUUCAGUCCUCAAAGUGCCCGAAGGGGUUCUUCUGCCGAUAAGGAAGUGACAAUGAGAAACGCAGAUUUUGACAAGUUCUAUGGCAGUGACAAUGUGUUUUAUCAAAAUGAGCCUAUGAGGGUGGUUACGGGUGUGGACCAAUUUGGUCAGUCAGAUUCAAACUCAGAAGAUUCUGCAACGGAGUCAGUUGGCACCAACAGGGCCAAUCCCUCUCUCUCUGGCUACAAUGAAAAUAGGAACGUGAAAAUCAGCAUCCCCUUCAUAGACUUUCUUGGAGUAGGAGCUACCUAA